AUGGGUCUGCGGAAGAAGUCUAAGGACAAGGUCAUGAAGACGCAUCGUAGGUAUUUCCGCCAGUGCUACCAGGUCUUGGAUGCAUACCUCUUCGAGAACGUGUGUGAGUACGACCUGAAGCAGCUACGUCUUCCGAAGUCAUGGAAGCAGCAGAGUGUUCGGGUUGACCCAAGGACCUUUGGACUGGGCUGUGCCAGGGCUCGCCUCUAUGUUAUCGCUUACAACACGGAGAAGGUCUGCUGGUCUCAGGACGUGCCGUGCUUUGCAGACAUGGUGGCAUGCCUGGCGGCAAGGCCUUGUCUGGGAGCGGGAGACUAUUUCUGCGAUCGCAAUGCCAAUGCAUCCUCCCUGACUCAGUCUGAGGCCAAGAAGCGGUUCAUGACCGCGGACGAAAUGUUUCAAUCCCAUGUUUUGGCCACGAACAAGGAUCAGGCCAGUUGCGGCAGCCCGGUCUUGGCCAGGUCUCACCUGUCUAGGUCUUCUGCAGUGAUGCUUGCCGGGAAUGCAAUGAACGUCCCAUGUGUUGGAGCUGCUCUUCUGGCAGCUAUUCUGGCCUUGCAAAGGGUCUAG